AGAUAGUGUGGCAACACAAAAUUAUAAUAUAGUGAGUUUUUCGACUGGCAACACUCUCUUCCGUUUGCCGGCUAUUGUGUGUCAGUGUUUGCUCUGUUGAUUAACCAAAUAAAAAUGCAAGAUUAAUUAAUUCCGCAUUAUUAUUCAUAAAUUCAGUGUCCAUAAUAGUUUAAUACAACAUCAGGGAAAAUAAUCAAGGUAACCAAAUCCAGUUACUACAGUGGCGACGAGACUUUGAACCAACAGCGUGUGGCAAACAGCGCAAGCAAGUUGUCCGACAUAUUGAAUUUUUGCCGGUAGCUGUCUGCCGUGGUAGUGCAGUGCUGCCAACUUAACAAUUUUGAAUAUUCUGAUGACAUCUGCUCUGCUCUGUGAUAUGACACUGACAGCUGACAGCUGACAAUACAUUCACUCAUUAAUUAAUUGUAUGGAUGUAAACAACAAAAAUAAAGUUUUAUUUUGAUGGAAGAGCUAAAAGACAAAGUAAAAAGUGGAAAGACCUCUUGGAUACAGUCGGAGAGUAAGCAAAAUUUGAUAAUCCUAGCCCAGGAGUUGGGGUUAGUGUCUGAAAGUGAACCUAUAAGUUUAGAAGACUUGCGUAAAUUGUUACGUACGCACAUCAAGACUGUGAAUCAGCCUGAGGAGGAGGCGCCGCCUCUUUCACAUAGUAAAAGAACGAUGAAUUUACCGUCCAGUCUAGAUAAUUUCAGUGGAGGAAACUGGAUGAGCUACUGUGAACAACUAAAUUGUUACAUGUUAUUGCACGACAUAUCUGAAGAAAAGAAAGUACCGUUGCUGCUCACGAAAUUGAGCAUUAAUGUCUAUGAAAAUCUAUCCGGGCUUUGCUCCCCACUUUCUCCUAUCAAACUUACAUAUAAAGAACUUUGUGAUAAGUUGGACAAUUUUUAUCACCCAAAAACAAAUGUGGCUAUGUACCGGGCGAAAUUUAAAGAUAGGAAGCAGGAAGAAACAGAGUCCAUUAAAGAUUAUAUAAUGGCAUUGAGAAAAAUGACAAGGGACUGUGCUUUUACAGAUAUGAAUGAACAACUGAAAGAAAGAUUGCUAAAUGGAGUCCAUAAUGAAACAAUAAGAUAUGAGCUAUUGAAAAUAGCAGAUAAAUCACUGGAUGAAUUGAUAACAACAGCGGAGACUGCAGAAAUGGCUUACAGAUUAGCACACAAGGAAAAUCCCAAAUCAGUGGAAAUGUUUGCAGUAAGGACGCAAAAUAAACCUUACUAUAAAAAAUCUACAGGAAAUAAUCAAGAUUCAAGCGGUUCUAAGUGUUUUUGUUGUGGCAAAAUAGGUCACAUGCGUUCAGAGUGUUCAUUGAGAUACAAAUUCUGUAGUGAAUGUGGACAAAAAGGUCAUAUUUUCAGGGUUUGUUCCAGGAAAAAUACAAACAUUAAAACUGUUAUAGUUGAAAAUGAAACUGACAAACAGGAAGAAGUUCAUGAUACGAGUUUUGAUAUUGAAAAUGAUAAAUUCCAAGUAUUAAGUAUGCGGACCCGGGAUAAGGACUGGAAGGAGUGAUGGUCUAUAUCGAUAACAUCUAUAUAGCGGGGAAAACUUUAGAAGAAACCAACCAGAGACUAAGAUUAGUAUUGGAACGAAUUGCAGAAGUGGAAUUAAAACUAAAAAUUAAUAAGUGUAAGUUUUUUACACAGCAUUUGGAGGUGUUUGGUUAUCAUGUGUCAAAAGAAGGUAUUCAAGUUAUUAAGGACAAUAUAGAACCUUUAUUGAAAUCACCCAAACCUGAUAGUUUAAAAAUGUUACGUUCAUUCUUGGGAAAAAUUAACUAUUAUAAUAGAUUCUUGAAAAACAUGGCAGUAAUUUUAAAACCAUUGUAUGACUGUCUUAAAAAUGAUCAUUUUAGUUGGAAUGCUGAAUGUGAUAUAGCUUUUGUAAAAAUUAAGGAACAAUUAGCUAAUACAACAACACUGGCUCAUUAUAGUAAUGACUUACCGGUCAUAUUAAGUUGUGAUGCAUCGGAUUGUGGGGUGGCCGCUGUAUUAUCAGUGAGGAGCAGUGAUGGAAUAGUUAAACCUGUGGCUUUUGCCAGUAAAAAAUUAAAUGAUACACAGAUGAAGUAUCCUACAAUAGAAAAGGAAGCAUUGGCUAUUAUCUUUGGGGUGACAAAAUUUUAUGAGUACUUGUUUGCAAGGACUUUUGAAUUGGAAACUGAUAACUCAGCAUUGGUGAGAAUUUUUGGCCCCAAAAAGGGUAUACCAAAAAUGGCUUGCAAACGAUUACAACAUUGGGCUAUAUUUUUGUCAGGGUUUAACUAUUGCAUCCGGCAUAUUAAUUCGAAAAAUAAUCCAGCAGAUUAUUUAUCGAGGUACCCAGUGAAUGAUAAAAGUAAUUAUAAGCAUCCAUUGUUAGACUGUAGUGAAUUAAGUGUCAUAAAUUAUAUGUCCUUAUCCAAUUUUGAAAGUGUUAAUUGGAAAGAUAUUGCAAAAGAAACUUCUAAAUGUGUUUUGCUGUCGACUAUUAUGAGAUAUUGUAUAGAUGGUUGGCCAGAUAAAAGUAAAUUAAGUAAAGAUCUGAAACCAUUUUUUGACAGAAAAAAUGAACUUACUAUUGACCAAGGUUGCUUAUUAUGGGGAUUUAGAGUGGUUAUUCCUGAAGCUUUACAAAAUUUAAUCAUGAAUGAGUUACAUUCAAGUCAUUUCGGAAUAAAUAGAAUGAAGCAAAUAGCUCGUUCCUAUUUUUGGUGGCCAACUGUGGAUAAAGACAUAAGCAAUAUUACAUCUUCAUGUUUAAUGUGUUUAGAGAAUCGCAAUGCACCUGAAAAAGCGCCUCUGUCUACUUGGCCAUGUUCUGAGUCUGUGUGGGAAAGAUUACAUGCAGAUUUUCUUGGUCCUAUUUAUGGAAAAAUGUUUCUUGUAAUAGUCGACAGCUAUUCAAAGUGGCCUGAAGUUUUUCUCAUGUCAAAUAUUACAGCAGGUAAAACCAUCUCAAUUUUCAAAGAUGUAUAUACAAGAUUUGGUUAUCCACUCCAUUUGGUGGUAGAUAAUGGCCCAACCUGGACAAGCAAUGAAUUUAAAGAAUUUUGUAACAUAACAGGGGUAAAGAUGAGCUUUACACCUCCCUAUCAUCCGGCCACAAAUGGAGCGGCUGAACGAUUCGUACAAACAUUUAAAAACCAUGUAAAAAAAAUUGUGGAUAGCGGACAUAAUUUAGAAUAUGCCACUAACUUGUUUCUGUUCGACUAUCGAACUAGUGUUAAUAGAACCACUGGUGUUAGCCCUGCAAAAUUGUUAUUUGGGCGUGAGCUUAGGUCAAGGUUUUCCCUUCUAAGGCCACAGCCAAUUAGUACACGUUUGCAAAUGCAUAAUGAAAAACUUAAACAGUAUUAUCAGGGAAGUAGAUCUGUGUUAUUUAAUGUGGGGGAGAAGGUUAUGAUUAGAGAUUAUAGAAAUAAGGCAAAGAAAUGGAUUCUUGGUCAAGUACAGGAGUGUCUAACACCAGGAGUAACUUAUAUGGUUGAAGCACAGGGUAGAGUUGUCAAACGACAUGUUAACCAAAUGUUAAAGUGUUCAGUGACCAUUUAAGUACUGUAAUCUAUAAAAAUAUACUAAUUAUUUUUAAUAACCUAUUGUGUGUACCUACUGCAUAUGUUAGUAUAGUAGAGUCAUGAAUUACAUGUUAAUCCCAACAUGUCAUAGUCCUACUUGUACUUUGCUAGUAUAGUUACUGUGUUAGUUUAUAAGUAUACUUACUGUACCUACCUAAAUAAUAUAUUAUUAUGUACUUGUACUUUUGUUAUUUCGGGGCGGGGAAGAGUGUGGCAACACAAAAUUAUAAUAUAGUGAGUUUUUCGACUGGCAACACUCUCUUCCGUUUGCCGGCUUUUGUGUGUCAGUGUUUGCUCUGUUGAUUAACCAAAUAAAAAUGCAAGAUUAAUUAA